CCCUUCCAAAAAUUCUUAAGGGUAAGAAUGCGCGGCUAUGGACGAAAAAACGACAGGAGAUCUUACAAAUACAAAAACUACUGACUUUCCAACAAAACUCGUACAUAAAACUUUACGCUCAAAUAAGGGAAAUGGAGGCAAAGUCCGGCAUCGAGGAUAGCGAACUUGGCAAAGUGCGAAUUCUGACGAUGAACGGCUGGUCGCCUCACGACCUGCUGAUGCUGGUGCAGGAAACAACUGGUCAGAAAAGAUCAGACGGCAGUGGCUUGCUAGCUUCGGCAGCAGUCGAAGGAAUAAAGUACGAUUUGUUUUCAAUCCCAAAAGAGGUUGCCGAUUUAGGCAACGAUAUCUUGACGCGGCGCCUUAAAGUUUUGGAGUAUUUUCGUAAGCGCACAUCAGACGUAAAAAUAAAGAAUGAAUUUGACGCAGAGACUGAAGUCAUACACAAACUGAUAAGCGAUACUUCGAAGCGAUUGGAGGAUAAAAUAAGACGUGUCAUGAACAUCGCCAGAGCAUCAUGGAAAGAUCGUGAUGAAUUGUCAAAAAAAAUAAACCAAUUAACCAGAGAGUUGGCUACUUAUACUUCACAAACCAAUAUUUCAAACACAACUGUGGGGACUAAAGACAUAGGAAAUAAAGUCUCUAGUGUGAAAUUUGACAUAAGCAACACGGAUCUAAGAGAAAAGCUGAACAAAGAGCGAGCGGCACGGGAAUCUCUGAAGCACAUGGUGGCGACGGCGGAGGGCCUACUACGAACUGCGCGUGCGCGGAUCACCGUGCUAGAGCGAGAGCUCAAGACCACGCAGAAGCAAAUGCAGGAAUCCGCGCGCAAGCAAAAGGAAACCGAGCUGCUUCAUCGUUCUCGUCAAGCAAGUUAUGGCGUACGAUCUAAGAAAUUGUUGGAAGAGUCUAAAACUGGCGAAGUAACCAUUGAGAUGUUGACCUUUCAGCGAAAUGCGCUAGAAUUAAGGGUUACAGAGCUACAAGAGCAAAUCAAGGCCAUAACCGAGGAGAACGAGGCUCGCGUGGUGAAGCUCGAGCAGGAGAUACAGAGGUUGCAAGAGGAAUUGGAUGCACAGGAAAAGCACAGAACAGGAGCAGAGGCUUGUGUGAUUGAACUAGAGAAACGAAUAAAAGACAUACACGACGAAUACAGACUACUCUUGGAACAAUCGGACAAACUUGUCAAAAUGAGUAAUGAUAAAUGCCUCGAUUUUUUGCCGCGCAAAGAAAAUGAACCUUCACUAACCGAAGCGGAAUUAUGGAAGGAUCUGGACGCUACCAAAAAGAAAUUAGAACAAGUCACUGCUGAACUAAGACAGAGUCGAGAAGACAAAGAAAGCUUAUUAAACUCCUUGGCCAAAAUUGCGCAAGAAGGCUCCGAGCACAACAUGGCUAACGAAUUAUUACUGAGAGAACAAACAAAUUUCAGACUCCAACAGACUAUUGAAGAACAAAAAGAAAGUAUUAAGGCAAUGAGUAAGAAAUUGGCACAAAAGGAACGUCAGAUCAUUGCCCUGAACAUGGAAGCCUCGCGGACAGAUUAUGAGUGUUGUAGCCACAGUAAACACGAAAACCACGAACUUGCUUUAGAGGUUGUUGAGUUGUCCUCGCAAGUGGCGAAGCUGACGCGCGAGCGCGAGUCGCUGGUGACGGCGGCAAUGUCACGAGCGUUGAUGUUGGAGCGACACGAGCGCUGCGCGGAUCUGUUCGCGCAGGUGACGCGCGCGCGCCGCGGCUUGGUCGCGCAGAUGGAGAGCCAGGAGCGGGAGCGGGAGCGGCCGAGGAGUGAGCCCGAUGCAAAACUGACGGGCUCGCUGACGCCGGCGUGCCUGAAGGCAGCAGAGACGUGGACCGAGCUGCGGAUGGAUCGCGAGCGCGUGCAGCAGCUGCAGGAGUUGGUGGCCUCGCAGAACCUGCAGCUCAAGCGCGAGCGCCGCGUGCGCAACCACUUGGAGCAGCGGCGCGCCAUCCUCGAGCGCCUCUUCCUCAAUCAGUCCACCAACUCCAAGCCGUACGUCCCAGCUGAGAAAGUCGCUUCCUACCUCGGCACCUCCUCUUAUUUGACCAAGGAUGCUUUUCCUCCUGACUCUUAAUGACUGACUUACCGCAUGUAUUUAAAAAAAAAUGUAUUUUGUCAAACAUGGUAUUAUAUGGCCGCGAAGUAUGACGUUUCCGAUGACGUUAGUGACAUAACAUCUAGGUAUUUAGUAAUUAAAAAAAACUUAGUUCAGACUACAACUUGUGUUGUGUAGAGUUUAAGCAAUUUUUUGGUGCCUACGGUUUGACGUUUUGGUUAUUUUUUUUUCGAUAUUUUAAUUUUUUUCCUUUUUUAUUGCUUUGUAACGUUUCACAGGGGAACUAAAAUGCGAUUAUUUUUACGCUGCAUCCGACGCACGGUUUAGGAGAUACAUACAUUUUUUUUUUUAAUUUUCAGUGAACUUUUUUUUAUUUCAUACCAUGUUUGAGAAAAGCAUUAUACAUACCUCGGCGGGAAUAAGGGAUUACCUGCCUCAGGCCUAUCCAGCCUCGUUUCGCUCGUCGGUCUAUGUGUCUUCGGCCGGCAACCCCUUUUGUCCCGGUCUCUGUAGUAAUGUAUUAUAUUGAAUAAGAGUUUCCCUCCUACUCGUCAUGUUGUAAAAAAAAAUACCUUA